UCGUUUAGCGUAUGGUGCGGAGAUGGGAAAGCGAAUGUCUCCACGCUCUCUUCCAUAACCACGCCGCGCCACCUGGCUCCCACUGUAUCUAUCAGUGAGCGGGCACUACAUUUGUUCGCAAUUGUAGGAGAGUAAUCAAGACCACGCGGGAUCCUGGAACCAAGGACUUCUACCGCUACUUUCAAUGGACGCUGACUGCUAAUGUGGUUGAACGCCGACAUCCGGCAGUUGGCUGGAGGCGGGUGUGGAGUAACAUACAUUCGUCUUUCUUUCCCCCCACGGUCAGGGCACUAUGAUGCGCCGCUGUCGACACCGAGAUGCACCGUUUCGUUUGUGGUACAGCUGCCGCCUGCUGGCUCCUCACACGGCGUAUGUUGGCAUUGUUGCUGCGACGGACGCCACGGUCCGUAGAGCCCACCGAUCUGAUCCAUACCGACGUCACUUACUUCAGUGCUACACGCCAUAACGCCACGGUGUGGGUUAAGGACCGGUACGGCGCUCUUACGUGGUCGUUGCCCCUGCUUGCAGGUGAGCCUCUGCCAUUUUCACAAUGAACGCCUCCGUGCCGCUGAUCCUGGUACUGAUGGUGGCAGCUCGAGUGAUCCACUCAGCCAGGAUCCUGGGCAUCAUCCCGACGGCCUCCAUCAGCCACCAGCUGCCUUUCAGACUGAUAGCCCUCGAGCUCGCCAAGAGAGGCCAUCAGGUCACACUCAUGACAACUGACCCGAUAAGAAAAAACAUCCAGAAUUUUACAGAAAUUGAUCUAUCGAUGACAUACGACUAUUGGAGAAAAACAUUUGACUUUACUUCGAUGUCAGACAAAAGUCCAGUUGAAGUAAUGGAAGCAUGGUGUCCUACAGCAAAGGUGAUGUGUGAGAUCCAAUUAGAAUCCCAACAGAUGAAGGAUUUUCUCCGGUCCCAACCGUCUUUCGACGUAGUUAUUCUGGAGAGGUUAGUAUAUUAUUGCUAUUAUGGCUUGAUUCACCAGUUGGGAUCUCCACCAACAAUUGGCUUCGUGUCUCUGGGCGCUCCUGCUCCAGUUCUCGCUUCUUAUGGAAAUCCCAACAACCCAGCAUACUGUCCCGAUAUGCUGGUUGGCUACACAGACCACAUGUCUUUCUGGGAAAGACUAUAUAAUGCCUAUGCUAUGGCUCGAACUUUUUACACAUGGAACUACGUAACAAUGCCAUCGCAAAGUGAACUGAUUAGGAAAUAUUUUAACCCUGAUCACCCCCCUGUGGAAGAAAUUGACAGAAACUUCAGCCUUCUUAUUGUCAACAACCACUUCAGCGUGAAUUACCCACGGCCACUGUUGCCUAAUGUCAUUGAGGUGACGGGACUACAUCUAGAGAAACAGCGGAAGCCACUUCCUCGGAAUAUCCAGGAUUUCCUUGAUGGUGCAAAAAACGGUGUGAUUUACUUCAGUCUUGGUACUAAUGUGAAGGGUAGUACAAUCUCCGAGCACAAACGAAUUGCAUUCUUGGAAGCUUUUGUGCAGUUACCACAGCGGGUACUCUGGAAGUGGGAGGGAGACAGCCUGCCUGGACAGCCAGAGAACGUUAUGAUAGCCAAGUGGCUGCCCCAGCAGGACGUCUUGGCACAUCCAAACAUUCAUCUGUUCAUUACCCAGGGAGGACUUCAGAGCAUGAAUGAAGCAAGUUAUUUUGCAGUACCCCUGAUAGGAAUUCCAUUUAUUGGAGACCAGUAUCACAAUGUGGCUAAGAUGGUACAAGCUGGUAUUGGCUACCAGCUGCUGUUCGGAGAUGUCACUACUGAUACCAUUCUGAAAGCCAUUCACACAGUUCUUGGAAACGACAGCUAUCGAGAAAACAUGAAGCGGUUCUCGGCAGUAUUCCGUGAGCACCAGGAGAGGUCCCUGGACACUGCCGCCUGGUGGAUCGAGUACGUGAUACGUCACAAGGGAGCUCCGCACAUGCGCAGUGCAGCCCUCGACCUGAGCUUGGGGCAGCUGCUGCUGCUCGACGUGAUAGGGAUCGUUGUUGCAAUGGCGUCCAUCGUGGCCUACGUGCUGUUCAAGACAGCCACCUACUGCAAAAGACUUUUGGCUGUUAAUCUGAAGCAGAAGGCUUCGUGAAGCUACUUUUGUAGGUUUCUACAGUAGUUCUAUAGAUUGAACAUGUGAAGAGAGAUGUCAGAAAGAAGUUUCUGUGAUAGUUUAUAAACUUUACCUUUAGACACCUUGUUCAUACAUGAUACUCCAAUAAAAAAUAAUAAUCCGUGCUGUGCAGGUGACUGGAACAUAAUUAUUUUUAUUCAUUAAAGAACGAUAGUAUGUAUAAAAUAAACGUAUUUUGUUUCA